AGAAUCCUUCAGUUUGCAACAACAUGGCGGCGUCCGGGAGGCACGUAGGGCAUUGCAUCCAGAGAAACGGACGCUUUUUGCUAAAUAACUUGGAGCAGUUGUGGGGUCACAGGAGUUUUAGUUGGACUCCAGCUCUACAUCAACAAGCUGCUGAAGCUAAUAAAGAAUCUACAGAGAAUAUUGUCAUCCCCAGGAAGAAAACAUGGAGCAAAGAGGCGGUGCUGGAGGCUCUGGCUGCGACUGUCAGCAGGGAUCCUACAGCAUAUAACUACCAGUUCCAGGAUGACCCUUACCUCUCUCCCAGGACUUCUACUGAGUUUAAGUUUUUCUUUCUCGCUCAGGAGUCCGGCAGGUCUGCAGCCAAAUUCUUUGUCAACAGCAAUCCCAAGUUCUUCACCAAAGACUUUGCAGAGCCACAUAUACCAUGUCUGAUGCCAGAGACGGUGUCACUGCGUCUAGAGGAGAUGAGUGAGGAGGCACUGAAGGAGCGAAUCAGUCUGAGGAAAGUUACAGCUGCUGUUGACAUGUAUGACCAGCUGCUGCAAGCUGGCACAGCAGUCUCCAUGGAAACAACCCAUGACCUGUUAGACCUGAUCUGUCUCUACUGUGACAGAGAACCUGUUGAGGACGGGGAUGAAGAGACAGAGGACAUGGAGUCAGGACGGGAGGUGAAGAGGAGGAGGAUAGGAUUCCGUCGGGCGUCCGACGUGCUGAAGUUCUCGUGGAAAGAAAACAACAACGCAGAGAGAAUCUUUAACCUGCUGCCAGAGAGAGACACGCAGUGUUACUCUGCUCUGAUCAGAGGCAUGGUGAAGCAUGGAGCCUGUGCAAAGGCCUUCAGCAUGUACACUGACAUGCUCAACAACAAAGUGACUGCUGACGUCCACAUCUUCAACGCACUGAUCUUAGCAGCUCCAGAUGUCAGAGAAAAAUACGAUGAGCGCUGGGAGCUGAUCACAGAGCUGUUGACCCAGAUGAACCAACAGAAGGUGAAGCCCAACCUGCUGACCUUCAACAGUGUCCUUAGGGCUCUGAGACGCUGCGGUGCUAUGGCCAGAGCAAAAUCUCUACAGACUCUGAGUGAGAUGAAGGCUGUGGGAAUAGCUCCCAGCCUGGCCUCCUACGACCAUGUCCUGGCAGUCUUUUACAAACCAGCCUCCUCUAACCUGACCAGUACUGACGUUUUACAGGAAAUCAUUUCAGAACUGGCUGGAAGCCGCUUCACCUGCCAGGACUCUGAUGAUGUUGUGUUCUUCGCGAGUGCAAUGAGAAUAUGUCUGGAUAACAAAGAUAUGGAGCUAGGUUAUAAAGUACACAGUCUAGUGGAGGUGGGAGACAACUGGCGGUUGCUGGGAGAUCCGUACCAGCAGAGUGUUUAUUAUGGUCGCUUCUUCAACCUGCUGUGCCUGAUGGAGGACAUUGAUACAGUGCUGAAGUGGUACAAAUGGCUCAUUCCCUCGUUGUACUACCCAAACUCUCAGGGACUGAAAGACCUGCUGCAGGCUCUGGACACAGACAACCGCCUUGAUUUGCUGCCCCAGAUAUGGAAAGAUAUCCGGUCUCUGGGUCAUGAUAAUAGGUUAAACAUUGUGGAGGAGCUGCUCAGCCUGAUGGCCAGAGAGAAACACAGCCCUGAGGUCCAAGAGUCUUUUGCAGCGUGUGCUCUGGACAUAAAGACUGUGUUUGAUGGUGACAGAGGGAAGUCCGGUCUGGAGCAGAGCAACUCCUCUCUCACACACAUCACCUCCCUGCUGCUGCGAGCCAACAUGACCGAAAAGGCCUGGGAGAUGCUACAGCUCUUCAAAUCCAUGAAUAGAGUUCCUACUGAGGAGCUGUUGAACGACUUCCUGUCAGUGUGUCACAGCGACGGCUCUCCCCAGAGAGCGGUGGCCCUUGUUCAGCUGUCUGCAGCCUUCUGUCUGCCAGCUACGCCAAAGCUAGCAAAGCGAACACUGGCUGAGUUUGAUCUGACGGAGGAGCAAAGAACCAUUUUAUCUGAACUGGAGUCUGCAGGAGAGUCCACUGACUGAAGGAGACAACGCUGGGUGAACUGAUGUGACGUCAAUAACAAUAAAAGAAAAAGAAAAAUCAGACAAAUCCAUAGACUGCACUUUUUUCUGUAUCUGUGUAAUAAAAUAUAUGUGACAUGAAAACAA